AACCCAUUAUUCGCUAUCACACACAUGCAAGAAAAGAAGAAUCGCUUAGUAACAAAUAAGGCAGCUUUAGUUAAAACAAACAUUUAAGCAUAUUUUUUAUAACGUUGAUAAUAAUUCCCAGCACGCCGGAUACAGCAUAAUGAAGAUAAAUGAAAAUACUUUGCUUGAAGGUGACAAAGUCGUGUUGGUGCCUUACAAUGACCAUCAUGUGCCCAGGUAUCACGAGUGGAUGAAGUCCCCUGAGCUGCAGCUGCUGACGGCGUCGGAGCCCCUCUCCCUGGAGCAGGAGUACGAGAUGCAAAGGAGCUGGAGAGAGGACAACGACAAGUGCACCUUCAUCAUCCUGGACAAGCAGCGGUGGUCAGAGCCUGCGGCCCAGGAAGAGCAGUGCAUGCUGGGAGACGUGAACAUGUUCCUGACCGACCCCACUGACCUCUCCCUGGCCGAGCUGGAGAUCAUGAUCGCUGAGCCCAGCUACCGGGGGAAAGGACUCGGAAAAGAGGUCACAUGCAUGAUGCUGUGCUAUGGAAUUUCCAAGCUGGGGAUCCAGAAGUUUGAGGCGAAGAUCGGCCUGGACAACACGGUUAGCAUCGCCAUGUUCAAGAAGCUCCACUUCCAAGAGCUGUCUGUGUGCAAGGUGUUCGGGGAGGUGACCCUGGGGAUGACGGUGGACCCGUCACUCCGGACCAAGCUCCUGGGUGACAUGGCGUACGUGAAGGAGAGACAAUACCAGCGCCACUCAUCCCAACCCACCGGAGCGGGCGUCAUGACGACAACCUAACAAAUCUGCCGUCGCUGCUUGCGGACUUCUAGUGUGUGUGUGUGCGCCCGUGUGAGGCAGGUCCCUCCGGAAAAGUCGGGGAGCCCCCCCAAUGAAACGAGAUAAAAAUAC